AUGGAGAUUUCAGUCACCCUGUGGGGUCCACUCAGGAAGAGAUUCUGCAAGGCCCUGAGCAAAUACAUCAAAGAUACCUUCGACAGCAUUGACAGAGUGAGAGAUUUCUGUGGGAAUUUCCCCAAAUGGAUGGAUAGAAGGCAAAAGGAAUUGAAAAAGAUCAAGAAACUUCAGUUGAAUACAGAUAGCAGAAGUACAGAAGUGUCAGAUGUCUUUAAAAACAUCCUGAUAGGCCUAAGGGAGCUGGACCGCUUCCUGGAUGCAUUGGAGAAGCUGGCUGUCACCUCUGAGCAUGUAUUCACAGCGAAUCAGGUCUUAAACCUGCCUGAUGACAUCAACGCUCAUGUUCAGACAGUCAUCAUCGCUGCACGGCACAUUUGCCCUCUGCUCCUGGAGUUUAAAAGAGAUGCAAAUGUAUUCUUCCUUCCCAAACUUCAGAACGCAGACAUCAUGGUGUAUCAGCUGCAAAGAUACAUACAGGUCUCCAAGAACAUCUGCAAGAGGCUGGAAAAAAGCUGCAUCAGUGAUUUGAGCCCUAUGGUGAAGAAAGAGGUUCCGGUCUACCUAGAUGUGGGUUUGCCAUUUAAUGAUAUACAAAAGAUGCUUCGCCAUGUUGACCAGCUUGAAGAAAUCAGGAACAACCAAGACUUCCGAAUGCUGUUUUUGUUCCAGGAUGUGUCCUGUUCUCACUUCAUCAGUGAGUUCAGAAAGCGUCAGCCCACGAUGCUACGGUUUCUGACCGAGCUGGAGAGGUGUGCUGUUCAGCUAGACCGGAUGAAUAAAGGGGCAAAGUUCUCCAGUGUAAUAGGGAGUUCAGUGGGAGCAGCAGGAGGUGUGCUGUCUAUUGCUGGUUUGGCGUUAAUGCCGAGUCUGACAACAGCGAUGGGAAUCACCUGUGCCAUCAACAGCGCUGUCACUACAUUCACAGAGAUUGGGGUCAAAAAUAAAUAUCAAAAUAAUGCAAAUGAAGUUUUUAACAGUUUCAUGAGUGAAGUAGAGAGUCUCCAGAAGUGUCUCGGCCAGGUGAUCAGUCAACCAGCUACUAAAAUCAAAAAUACACAUGCCAUGGCUGUGGCAUACGGUCUUAAAGAUGUUGGGUCAGUUGGAUAUGGCAUUCAUUCACUUAGCAAAGAUGCUUUUGAUGGCAAGUUGAUAGCAAACAAGGGUGCAAUUGUACAUGGUGGUAAAGCUGUGGUGAAGCCUGGUAAGGGAGCACUGAAAAGAGCCCUCACCAUGUUUAACAGCCAGCCAGCCAGGAAUGCACUUAACCACAUCUCCCUUUGCAUGAGUAUUUACUCCAUCUGUAAAGACAGCAUCAUUCUGGCAAAAGGCAGCGAGACGGACGUAUCGCAGUUUAUCAGAGCCAGAGCUGCUCUGUGGAAAUCAGAGGUGGACUCAUGGAAGAAGAUGCAUGACUCGCUACACCGCAGCCAGAGUAGUUUUUGA